AGAAGGGAUAUCCUUGGAGUUGUUUUCCUGAAGCGGUUGACGGGUAUGCAACCAACAUGGCAUGGAAGAAACAUCGCCCGAGAGGUGAAUACAGUAGAAUGGGUUGGUAUCCAUCCGAAUGUAUGGAGAGAUUGGUAGGUUUAGCCCUGAGUUGCUGCGAGGACAACCCAGAGAAGCGGCCAUCCAUGUUAGAAGUGGUGAGGCAGCUAGAAUAUAUACUCAAAAUGCUGCCCCAAACUGAAUCGGUUUCUUCAUCAUCGGACUCGAUGCCUUUAUAUUCAUGCAAAUCACUGAUGGAGUCCUCAUCAUAUGGUAGCACUAACAGGGAGGUACAUGUUUCGACAUCCUGUGUAUUGGGAAGUGAUCUUAUCAGUGGUUGUAUUCCUUCUAUUGCAUCUCGCUGAGAGUCACAGGCAAAAAGUGAAAUCA